CAGAAUAUAACAAAAUUACAACAAUGGUGUAUUAAGUUAGUCGGAAACGUAUUAUUACUAUUAUUAGUGUUAUUAUUAUUAUGACAUUAGCAGUUGCAGCAGCAGCAGCAGUAGUAGCUAGUAGUAGUAGUAGUAGUAGUAGCUAGUAGUAGACUAGAGGAACUGGAAUUCACGAAUGAGAAAAUAAGAAUAAUGUUUUGCUGUUAGCUGGUAACUUAUAUUAAACUCAAACGCAUCUAAAUGCGACGUGUUCUCCAAAUUUAGGAAAAUGUCACGUAUAUGCAAACAUGGUGAAAUAUUAUUGUGAAUAAACUCUAUGUUGAGCAGGGUACACACCAGGCAAACACAGCACUGAACUGAACUCUGCCUUGAAGUUUAAUGUCGAUGUCAACUGCUUUUGCGUUUACAUUAGCGAACGAGAACUGCCUUAAUGCCCACGGAAGGAGAACCGGCUCUUACAGCUCGCUUUAUCCCUGACGGUGUCUGAUCUAAACGGUUGUGAAAGUGCUAUCUUCAGCUGAGUGUGUUGGUAACCUUAGCUUUGCUGUUAUAGCUCUCAGUGUCAACAUUGUGAGAAGAUACGAGUAGUCUGUUGGCGAGGGUCCAAGAGCGAGGCUUCGGCUCUGCCCGUCCGCUCUCCGCGCUCCUCAGUCGGCUGACAGCGGGAUUCAGCCUGGCAUCCCCGUGGGCAAAGCUGCCCGGUCGCAAAUGAGUCCAUGUCACGAUUUCCCCUGUAUCUCUCUUGACAGUCGUUUGUAAGCGCAGACGUCCAGGCGUCCGCUACAGAUUGAAGGGUGGGGUCGCGUGGGUCUUCGAUUCAUCCACGAGAGAGACGUCCACGUGCCCCCCGCGCUAACAGAGCAAUCUGCACAUCCCGCUGUCUGCAAAGCGUUCUAACGUUAAACACGUUUCCGUUCACAUUAGGAGGUAUUCCAAGGCAUACACUGUCCUGCUCAGCGCAGAGACAAACUGAAACUUCGCCCGAUUUAAAAAGGCAAGACUAAACGGGGAUAAAAGAUAGAAUAAUACUUUUUUCUUCGAAGAAAGAAGUUUCAAAGUUCUAUAAAAAAGGGAAUUAUUUGUCCCGGUGAAGUUUACUGGAGUUUGACCGGGAUCACAACGUGAAUUUCCAUGGAAGAAGACUGCUCCCGCGGCUUGGUCGUUCUCUAACUUUUGGGACAAAGACUGUUGACCGUGGGUGUGCGCCAGCGAUGGCGCUGGUGACCGGGUCAGUGAUUAAUGUCCCACUGACCGUCCCACAUCGUGUUGACGGAAAUCAAGAGACGGACAGCAAACAGACUAUUUCCCCGCACAAAUCCUCUGACCAAUUAGCUUUUAAAAAGUAGCAGGAUAAGCACUUUUCACCUGGAGCACGUGACGUCAAGUUAAGUGAAAUGUUGCUCACUUUGACUUAAACUUUGAAAGUCACCGGUAUCCUGCUAUGUGUGUGUGUGGGUGUGUGUGUUGAAUCAAUUUAAACCACAAUCUGUAGUUUGAACUCUAUUGGUCCUUAUAAACUUGGGUUUGUUUGGGGGCUUUCGGGGGGUGUUCUGCAAGCACAGAGCAGUUUCCGUGUAACUUGCUCUUUGUCGCUGAGCGAAUCUGAGCUCGCCGCUCCCAGAGUUUCAAACAUAUCGUUUCCAGCAUCAGCCAGCCGGCCGGAGGAAGCGCCGCGGCGGAAUGGGGCGCUCUGUCUGAGCCGGUUCGGGAGCUCCCCACGCCGCGCAGGAGUCCGCUUUGCGCGUUCUGUCAGAUUCCCAAAACAGUAAGCGACCCGCGGCCUUCGAGGGAAUCUGUGUCCUUAAAGGUGCAGCGGAGGAGGCCAUUGGAGGAGAGGCGUCACGUGACCGCGGCGCCAAUGUUAUUCCACACGGGCGUCAGGACCCCGUCAGUGUGCCGUGAGAACCCCGGGAAGUUGCGUGAUGCAGCAGGGCAGCUUCUACGACGGCCCAGCGGGGUGCGGUCGCUAUGCGUACCCCGCUCCACACGGCCGCGCCUGCAGCACCGCCCCGCCCCAGUACCCCACCCCCACCCUCGCUCACGUGGGGAGUGACUACCCGCCCCCCGCCUGCUCCCUGCACCCCCCCACCGAGCACGGCGACAUCACCCCCCCCGCGCCCCCGCUGCCCUCCUCCCCCGUCUCGCCCCCGGCCCACAACGCGCCCAGCACCAAGCCUGCCCCCAGCGCCCCCCCCUCCAGGAAGCAGCUUUUCCCCUGGAUGAAGGAAUCCCGCCAGGGAGCCAAGCAGAAAAACAACACCUCCAGCACAGUGGAGAGCUGCGCCGGAGACGCCAGCCCGACCGGAUCCGCUGCGUCCAAGCGAGCGCGCACCGCGUACACCAGCGCGCAGCUGGUGGAGCUCGAGAAGGAGUUCCACUUCAACCGCUACCUGUGCCGCCCGCGGCGCGUGGAGAUGGCCAGUCUGCUGCACCUGACGGAGCGGCAGAUCAAGAUCUGGUUCCAGAACCGCAGGAUGAAGUAUAAAAAGGAUCAGAAGGGGAUCGGGAUGAUGCCUUCUCCCGGGCCGCAGUCUCCCCGGAGCCCCGUAGCUGCACCCCAGGCUGGGGGGUACCUCAACUCUAUGCACGCUCUCGUCAACAGCGUUCCCUACGAAUCCAGGUCACCCACGCCAUACAAUAAGCCCAAUCAACAUGCGUAUGGCAUCUCCACGUCAUAUUCCGCGCCCAUAAACAACGCCAUGAACACCUGCCCACCGCCGCAGAAGAGGUAUCCAGGGACAGGCGCGGGCACGCCUGACUAUGACGCGCACGCCCUUCAAAGCGCGGGCUACGGUUCUCACGUGCAGGGAAGCCCGGUGUACGUCGGCGGGGGUUAUGUGGAUUCAAUGGCCGGCUCCGCUCCCUCCGUGUUCGGCCUCACGCACCUCCCACACCCGUCCUCCGCCAACAUGGACUACAACGGCGCCAUCGCCAUGGGCAACAGUCACCACCACGGCCCGUGCGACCCACACCCCACCUACACAGACCUUACGCCGCACUACUCUCAGGGAAAGAUGCAGGAGGCGCCCAAGCUGACGCAUCUGUAACGCGACUGACAAGUUGGGGAGGAAACGCCCUCUCGCCCGCCAUAUUCUGACCUCCGAACCCGCAGCUUUCUUAAAAAAACAAAAACAAACAAAAACAAAAAAGAAGAAGAAAAAGGGGAAAGUCCUCAUUAGCAUAUGUCCCUUAUGUUUUAUUUUAUAGUUUAUUGUGUGACGUAGCUAUAGUGUGACGUAGGCCCAGCAGUCAUUCUCGUUGCUUGAGUGUCUCUUAUAACUUCGCCGAUGUUGUUGUUCCACGCGCAUAUAUUUAGGACACCGCGUGGAGGCACAGAUAUAGAAGCUUUUUUUAUUAUUAUUUUUAAUCAAACAGGGUAUACGAACAAUUUUAUUUUUUACGAAAUUCUUUAAUGUGAAUUUGUUGCUUUAUUUAUCCGCUUGAAGAAGUUUUUUGUUUGCAUUUUGUUGCACUUCCUGAGGCCUCGCAGAAUCUCGCGCCUCGGCUGAGAAUCGGGACCUCUGUUUGUAUUCUGACGGACUUUUCAACAUUAUUUAUUUGCUCUGAUAAAAAAAAAAAAAAAAUCCGUUUUUGAAGUAUUAUUUAUCCCCAUCUGUUCGGCGCGGGGGAAAGGCACACGGCGCGCGGCUGGAGGUCUUUCCUCGAGCCUGUGCGCGCGAAGAGCGGUUUGGCAGAACGUGGGGCUCGCGUCUCUUCAGCUAAAACACACCAGUCAUGCAAUAAGACUCGAGUGGAAGGCUUGGAGAAUUAGACUUGUUUAUUUGAAAGAUUGAUUUUUAUUCGAAGACAAAAAUCAUGUUUUUAUUGUCUUACAUUCCAUGCUGCUCCGAUUCUGAGAAAUAAAAAAAAACUAAAAAUAAACAUAAAAACAUG